AUGUCUACUUUCAAACCGGGUGAACUCGCUGUGUGCACUCUUCUCCGACAGUUCACAGCCUUAGCAAAAUGUAAAAUUGAGCAGGCGUUAGAGGAAAAGCAGGAGCACAAUCUGAUGAAAAGCAUGCGGCUUUCGGAGGACUUUGCAUUUGACCAACUGCUGGAUGCCUUUUAUGUAUCGGCCGAGUUUGCACUGCCUUCUCUAUUGUCAACAAUCAUCCAGUGGUAUCAGUCUCAGCAUUCUUCAGGCCCUCAAUAUGCAGCUCAUCGUCGAUCAGCUCAAUUGUCGAACGGGACGCCUAAGUCUACCGAGGCUGAGAUCGCCAGCAUGACUAACAGUUGUUUUGUUGUAGCAAGUUCUGACCGGGACUCACAACUAGCUUUUUCUAUGGGGAAGCCAGAACAGACUAUCAAAAGUGCUUGUGAUGCGCGAGUUGGGGUCUUAAAGUCUAUUUGUAUGAAUCCGACAGAAGUCCGCAUCCUCGCGGAGCGGAGAGAUCUUGCUAUCGAUAUUAUUUUCUGUCAAGUCCUGUUGUCAAUCCUAAGACAACUACCCUAUCAUCCCGGACACAAUGAUCAGGUUGAGGUGAUUUUGGAACAGUCUUUCCGGAGAUUUAAUUACCGCCAAGACUUUGAUUUUCAUUUGACUUUUUCUUUUCAGGCCCUUUUUCCUCUAGUUACUUGUCUACUUUGUGUUGGGACAAAGUCAUUCUUCCUCACUCAUUGGACCAAUUUUCUCACAAUAUGCCUCAGUCAACUAAAGAGCCGAACACCCAAGGUCGCCCUCGUCAGUUUGCAAUCAUUAUCCUGCCUAGUUUGGGUUUACAUCGUACGAAUCGGGGGCGAGAAACAUUUAGAAACCCAAACCAAGCUGCAUCACAUUGUGAACAGUUUGUUCCCAAAAAACCAGAAGUUCGUGGUGCCUAAGGAUGCACCGGUGAACAUAUUUGUGCGCAUCAUUCAGUUCAUCGCCCACGAAAAACUCGAAUUCGCCAUCCGUGAAAUCAUUAUCGAUCGACUUGGUGUGAAUGGACUUCAGAAAAAUCUGUACAUGCCUGAGUCAGCUUUGUUCAUUUCAUUUUUAAUUUGUUUCCUUAGAGCUGAACGUAAACCCAAAAUGGACCUGUUGAAAACUUGUGUGGCAUGUAUUCCGCGGUUGUUGCCAAAUGAUAUGACCAAACCGGAGCUCCUUGAACUACUGGCUAAAGUGUGUUUGCAUCUGGAUGAAGACGUGCGCAACAUGGCUCAACAGGCCAUGGCAAACCUAAUAGUUGAGUUGCCCGCAUUCCGAGUAAAGACAAUUCAAGUGUUCAUUCAAUUCAUCCAAAAAAACGUUCCGGACACGUCGCCACACCAAUUGGACAGCAGUUUGAAAACCCUUUUUCACCUACUUAACAACUGGAAUUUGGCGCUGCAAAAGGACGGUGCCGUUUCACCCAAUAUUACGGAGAAAGCUGCGCUGCAUGAAACGGAGGGAUUCGCUCUGGUCAUGCUUUGCCAUUGUCGGACAAUCACCCGCCGCCUGGCUUUGCAUAUACUGCGUAAAUGCAGGUCACUGUUAAGCCUAAUCAACGCCGCUACUUGUGAUCCGAAUGCACGACAGCCUCGUGAGGAAUUGUGUUGCAUCGAUGUUUUGGACCAGUCAGUACCAGCUAUAUUGGAACGUGUUCUUCCUCUCAUCCCUCUGCAUGAACGACAUCUAUUUUCCAACACGAACGGUCUGGACUUUUCCGUCUUUGCCGAGCGAUCCAGCCCAGUAUGGCUUAGUGGACCCUCUCCAGUUCCUCCUUGUCCACCUGUGGUCAUACCAACCAACUUCGUCAGUCCACAACACUCGGGGCUCAUGCCUAUCAGUAAUCUGUCCUCAACCACAGACCGUGACUCAUCAACCACCGAGCAUGACGACCAAAAACACACCUCUGAAGCUCUGACGAGAAAUUCUGUAUGUGGCCAGUGUAGCAUGUUUACUGACGGCUCGCAUCCUGGUGUCCUAGGAGUGACCGGUCGUCAACAGGACGAACAGUUACAACCACAGCAAUGCACGUACAAAGCAAGCGGCACUCCGGAGCAGUCAUCUGUUUUACCCGGAGACCAAAAUACUACUGCAGCCCAUGUGGCUCGCCGCCCAUCUCAGCGCCAACCUCAGCAGUAUUCGUCAGCGCAGUACACCCAGGCCUAUAUUAUCCAACCUUUCCAGGAACGAAUUCUUCUGGGGGAUGUGUGGGGCACGUGUUUAUCCUGUGCCUGCAGUCCUGAACGCCUAUUGACAUGCAGUCCUCAAGCGAUACGAUACGCAUGGAAUGUACUCUUUCAGCGUCUAUCAACUCUGUUCCCGCUGAUUGAUCCCAGUGCCCAAAUUGCUGAGAACCGAGCCUCGUCUCUAUUACGAUCAUCAAGUAAAAAACCGACCAAUGAGCGGGAACAGCUGUUUCCUUUGUGGCACAACUAUGCGGUCCUCGGUUGUUGCAUUGCUCCGAGUUCGACAGGUUCGCGUGUUUCCAAACCUCGUGAUAAUCGAUACGACUCUAGUGUUGACUUUACACCACUACGAGCUACUCCGCAGUCCACUGCUUCGAUAACUGUAUCUGCUGCUGAUACUCUUAUUUUUCUCGUCUUGCAUGUUCCUGUAUGUAGCGCAAGUCAGCCGUCAAAUUCCAUCUCUGAAUCCCCUGAACCAAGAGUUUCUUCAGCACAAUCGAAUUCGGGUACCCCCACAAGCCAGGUUGGUACGCCCAUGAGACCUACAUCCACGAAUAAUCUGGACACCAAGUUUACCUCGCCGACUGUAACGCGUGAGACAGCACGUGAUCUGGUUAGGUUACUUGUACCACUUUUACGAUGUGAGCAGCCAGAAAUACGUGAUUCAACCGUUGGUGCCCUCGGGAGAAUUAGCCCUGUGGCCUUCAAAGAUGCACUGGAAGAGCUAAACCCGUUACUCAAAGAAUCCGUCGAUCGCAAACAGGAGAACGUUCGACGUCGAAAACGUCGCGAUGGAUUACGAGCCUCACUCAUUCGUGUACUUGCUUUAAUGAGCCAGAAUGGGGUGUUUGCCUAUCCUGAAUCCAAUGCACUCACUGCCCAAGGCUGUCUCGUUUCUCAACUGACGGACUAUCUGGAUGGAAUGCGAACCUAUUUGGAUUCCGUUGCUGACCAAGCCAUUAAUCCCACCGCCGGCGCAUGUGUCGUCUCUGGUUCCGGCUCAAUGGUUAUCCCCGCUACCACAGGGUCUGCUCCGACCGGUUCACUGUUAGUGCCUGCAGUUGUUGGUGGCACCGCGUCGACUGUCUGCACGCCAUAUUCGGCUCCCACAGCUCCCCUUGCCCCCGUAACCUCAAGCACCAGUUUGGCAAGUUUGGCUUCUACUGAGAGCCAUGUGCUUGUUGAAAUACGACUGCACUUCAGUAUAUUUAUACUGGAAGUCAUCCGUCAACUUCCAAGUAGCCCCAGUUGGUAUGUCAAUUUUGCACAGGGCUUCGCCAAGUUUAAUAAUUACCCUGAUCGUGUAAUAAUUUUCAGUUCCGAACUUGGCUCUUCGGAUGUAUCUGUCUUCGGUACCGCGGGCACGGCUUUAUCCAAACAAGGACCUUCAACUACUUCUAGUUUAGGCAUGAGUCCUGUGAGCAGUGGUCCGUUCACAGGUCCUGACUCCUCUGUUCCAGUCUGCUUCUCCGUUGAUCCCAGUCAAUCCAACCUAGAUCCGGCUUUGCACACAGCUUUGACGACGCAAGUGUCUUCUGCCAAUCUCUUGUCCACUGGGGAAUCUGCUGCUGGUGUUGCAAGUGGUUGCCGUGCCCCUUCGGGAUCGCAGCAUAACAUUACUUCCCAAGGGAAUUCUUCUACGAUUACCGCAACUGACCAGAUGAUCAGCAGGUCGGCAGUGGCAACGCAAGACAUUUGGGAGCAACGCCUUUGGAUCGACCUCCUCUGGUUCGCAAAUCAAGCAAUGGCCGCUCUCAUUUGUAGUGGACCAAUUUACGACCACCAGGCACUAUUUGGUGAGCUGACGGACUUAGGGGAACAUUUGGCUACUGGGGAGAAAACUAUGGCUCCGCAUCCGGGUUAUAUCCUGCGUUGGGUUUCUCGCCUUCUUCUGGCUCGUGAUCCCAUUUUAGAUUCGAGCCCGUGGUUGUGGCACUGUCCUAUUGUUGAUACUUCUUUCGGAUAUUCUGCACUUAUGUCGACAAGAAGUUUUAGCUGUUCGGCGUCUGCACUCCAAACGCGAACAACUUUGGUCGGCGGGGAGCUUCGUUUAGAUGCGCUACUCCGACAACUGGGUGAAGAGACCCUUGUUCUUCUACUUGAUCGGAACCAGAAUCUUCCGUUUUUGCUCAAUUGGGUAGUGGAUCAGUGCUACACAAGCAAAAACAUCUCCUCGUCAACUGCUUGCUUCUUGUGCUUAUGUCGUGCUCUAAGCAAUAUUCCGGACUUCAACUGUGACUUUGUUUCACUGCUAGUUCUGGCGUUCGUGUUUCUUGACCAUCCUCAAAAAACACUCAGCGACCGAGCCUUUCACCUCCUGCGGGUACUGUAUCACCGAUUCAUUUUGCAGCCGGGGAGCGUCAUUCAUGAGCGCUACCACAGUCCGUGCGAUCAGGAUCUCGAUCUCUCUGCAAGCUCCCGAUCAACCUGUUCGUCCACUGUUUGCACCCAACUGAAAAUCAAUGUCCACUUCUGGCAUUCGAUUCGACAUUGGGCCCCAUCGGAAAUUGUGCGGCAGUUUGCAGCCCAACACCCAGAUCUAACGCUUACCAUAUUUUCAGAAAUCACAAGGCGCUUGGAAACGUGCCGUGAGUGUCUUCGGUCAAUCCUGUUGCGACUGCUUGUUCCAUGGAUCAUUAAUAUCGAGCUAGUUGAUUUGAUUGGAGACACGUCUGUGACCAAACUAGACAAAGUUGGUGAAGAAUUAUGUUGGGAGACACUUGAGCUGGAUCCAGUCAAUUCGCGGAAACCAACUGACAGCGUAUUCCAGCAAAUAGCCCCUCAUGCUGACAUGAUAGACGCUGUUGAAGGUGACUCGGCAUCAAGCGAUGCGGAUAUUGUUUCCGACGAAGAACUACUCCCUGAGUCUACCCGGAAAAAAUCACACUUGACUGGUCGGCGUUCAACUGAAGGACGUCCAGGUUCCUAUGGACGAGGGCGGCAACAUGUCGAUUUCUUUGGGAGUGAAGAAGACAGUGAUAACGUUUCGGGGAACUUGCUUAAAUCUCGACAUACUAUUCCUUCAUCAACGUUGCGUCAUCGGGUGAGAAAGGCAGACACAGUCCCGUUACCUAAAUCAAAUCGAGCUCGACGAACUCCAGAUACCGGCCAGAAGUCUACAACUGGUCCUUCAGGUGCUUGUGAAGAGUUCUGGUAUUCUGUCCCUCCUACUCUGCGUUCCACCGGCUGGGGUUCGAAACAGGCUAAGCGUUUGAUUACCUAUUUGGCAACUGAGCAAGCUGAGUCCGUCGUUGAGGAGUUAAUGGUGGAAAUACAGACCAUUGAUGGAAUCGGCCUGGUCGUGGAGCGUACUACAGUAUUCCCAUUCUUCCGCAUCACUGUGGCUGCCUCAUCCGUAGGUCGUCCAAACGAGACGGCUGAUGUCCGCCGACCUGCUGACAGUGCUGUAACUGUGAUGGCUAAUCAGACUUUGGUGAAGACUCGAAGCAAUACAUCACCUGGGGAUGGCAGGCAACAUCCUACUGAUCAAACUUCUACGUUUCCUCCAACAGUAUUACAAUCGAUGAGCCGGGAGUUUGUUGAUCAGAUGGACGCAGAAUUGGUGGCGAUCAACUUGGAGAGCACCGGUGGCGCAAAACCCACUAGUACCAUACGCAAUGAGCGUAUUUUCGAUCCGAGUGCGAAAGCGAAAUCGUAUAUCGAAAGUAAUUACUGUGUGAGUUUACUUUUCAUCCAUGGUCGUGCUAUUGGUGACAUCCUUUUGUGGAGGGGGGGUGAGUUAUUUUCCACUUUCGAAUGUAUCACAAUUUGCAAUCGUACGCAGUCUUUGCUGUUUUACUUUCUUGUUGUUCCACAGGCGGAUUUCUCUUGUUUACCCUACAUCUGUUACGAUUCCAGGUCACAAGCAUCUGGUCAACGCUCGGAAUCAACCGCUGGCCGUGAUAUAGACGAAGUGAAUGUGGACCUACCUGAUCCUUCCCUAGCAUUCCCAACGCAAAUUGCUGGUAAUCGGCCGCACUCACCAAGUCUCCUUUAUGAGUCCGAUGGUAUUUAUUCUGUUCGACCCGAGGCUCUGGAAAAAGAAAUGAAUCAAGACAGCCCGAAGAUACGUUUCAGUCCCGAGGAUAUCUAUGCUACUCUUCGUGCAAAAGAUGUGGCUCGCGUACUAUCUGGUUCAAAUGCUGGAGAGUCAGAUGGAGGUAGCGAACCAGAUCGUACACCAUUCCGUACGGAAGCUCAACUCCGAAGUGGAACACUUCCAAGGACUGAAGACUCCCGCGAACGGUACUUCAACCAAACUGGGCAAUCGAGACAGAGAAUGACCCUCGGUCAAGCAGACUCAGCCACUCGGACGUUUGUGCGGCACUCCAAAAGGGUCAAAUCCAAGUCUAAAUCUCAUAUGAGGCCUGCUGAUCUCGUUGGAGGAACCCCCAAAGUCCCUCACCAAACUGUCUCAUUACCUCCAAGUCUUGCUGGACUGGCCCCACUCCCGAUUCCCCUGCCUUCAGCUAUUCCAUCACUUCCAAGCCUGAAACUUUUUUCUUCAGUCAGCGUGGAAAAACAGAACCCAAAUGAUAGUGGCCUUAGCCCCUUCACCCCGAUCGGCAAACUUUCUCGGACAGAAAGCCAAAAAGCUGAGUUCACACUUGAGGCAACUGUCAUCGAAAAACAAGCACAGCACCAGCAGCACGUGCAACCAUUGGCUAUGCCUUUGAGCGGUGGGUACCAAGCUCCUCUAGGAUGUUGGUUGUGUGAGCCCUUAGUCGUUGGUGGUUCUGUGGUCUUCACCGGGAGCUGGCCCGUAGCAGGUGCUCGAGCUCCUCUGGUUUUACUCCUUGCAGGAGGAUUGACUCAUUGCCAGAUGGUUCAAGUGGAUUGGAGCCCUCACAUCCCUCUGAUGAUAUUGUGCGCGUUACUAGGAAUGGAUCACUGUCGGGCACUUGUACAGGAGGAAUGCAAACUCCUUCUCGUCUCCUUGCUAAAUCUGGUCUGCCCUGACCAAGAUACUCUUCGUCUACUGCGAUUGGAACUCGAAGGUGGCAUGCUUGCUCGUGCUUAUCCGUCUGCUCUGCCCGGUCCUCGCCAGCCCAGGUUCCGUCUCGCCCUUGAUGGUGGACCUUAUGCAGAAACCUUUGGCUGUUUGUCGUCACCUGUCGCGAUGACUCCGGCUAUAUCACGAACUGGCUUCCAACCUAAAAAUUCUUCCAUAGAGGGCGCUCGCGCCACUCCACCCCGGAAACCCAAUCGGCGAAGCUUUUCUGAACGCCUUUCUCUGUCUCCACCUAACCCCAUUAUCCAGGUCUCCGUGGGCGAACCGGACGGAUUUCCCAGCCAUAGUCCCCCAAUUAUAACUUCGGUUCCACCGAGUUCGACUCUGCUGGUUCAAAAGAAUGGUUGGAGUGGAUCCGCUUAUAGUCUAUUAAGCACUGACACAUUGAUACCUGGUCCCGAAGAGGGUGGAGUUCGAACAAGGCCAGACAGUUUCGUGAUAACAAAGGAUGCGCCCCAGCUAUGUCCAUCAGCAUCAGCUGCACCUAUCCCUUCAGUGAAGUCCCGACUCACUGCUGUUCGCACCACUCCUCCGAGGACUUCGCGACAUUCCAUUGGCUCAUCGCAAGGUAUAAUGUCAACAGUGGUUGAGGAGGUGGAUUCGCCGGUGGUUAAAACUGACGCAAAACUGCUACAGAGCGCAGUUUAUGAUCUUCGUGAAGUACUUCUAUCAACUCUCGGCCAAGCGGUGUGGACCUGGGAUGAGUACAGGUUUCAGCGUGCGCACACAUCACCUGUUGUUUAUCUGACGCAGCAACAUCACAGCCGCACCACAGACUGUGACACGGAUAUCACUAGUGAGCUUUCGGACAAGCGGUCUCUGUUGGCGCGACUCGUACAACUAGUCGCCCGCAUUCUGGCUUUGGCUAACACUGAGCCUUCAGACGCGGAGAGUUGUCUUCUUUGUCACCACGGCCCGCCGCAUGAACAUGCUUUCGCUCACCGACUCAAACACAAUUCGGACUGCAGGACCGCUACCAGUCCGGUGACCAAUUACUGUGUGGUUGCUCGACUUUCCCAGAUAUCACUGAAUAUGGGUUUAUCAUGUCCGAACCGACAUUAUGCCAGCCGGUGUUUACAAAUUUUCCGGAUUUUAGGCGCACACUUGGACCGUAAAACCCUGUCGCAUCUCCUAUCUCGUUUGGGCGAAACCGUUUCCGAUGCUAAUGAAGAACUGCAGGACUACGUUGCCGAACUUUUCCUUACUUUGGAAGCUGCGAUUGCACAUGUGAAGACAAAAAGUAAUAGUUUGUUGGUUGGACGAACAUCCAAGCAGGGUGACUCCGUAUCUGGUUCCUGGCCGGACAAACAAACACGCACUGCACCCACUUCACCUCGUUCUGUGGGAGGUCAUGUACCAAAUGUGGAUUUAAACAUAGCGGACCGAAGGCGAUCCCAACGACACUCAACUUCGACGAACUACUGUACUUCGGAUGGUCCAAGCUCUUGGUUCAAGCCUCAGUACACUGACGAACCGAAACAAGAAGGCGAACCUUCGCUAGUCCCCCAUGAAUCUUCAAAGCCAAACCACAUUCUGGGCUCUGAAGAGUCAGCAUCACGUCCACGAACGCCCAGAUUGGUGGUCUGUCGUCUUCCAAAAGAUGAACAGGUCGAUCUGGUGUGUGGCAUUUUCUGGACUGGAGUUUUCCUGCUCGAAUCUGAUUUCGAACACGAAUAUAUCGCUGGUCUGCGCAUUUUAACAACCUUGGUGCCAAGUGUCUGUGCUGAUGAUGUCGCUGAAGAUAGUGAACGCUUCUCAUCCAGGGCGCUGUCAGCCGUUCCAAUUUGUUUGCCCAUUCGAGCGGAACAAAUUCGCACGCAGCUGCACCUCUCUUCUCCAGUUGCUGGCGUGCUGAACCUGGCUAUUAAAGGGUGUUCAUCUGCGAGUUUGGUGGAUCCUGCAUGUCAGUUGCUUGUCUGCCUUAUUCCAUUUCUCAAUUCCCCACUGGUUGUCUCACCGAGCAAAAACCAUUUGACCAGUCAACUCAGUUUCCCUAUUGUGCUCAUCACUCUACUUCCCAUGCUGUUGACGGCCUGGGACGAAGACCCAACGACUGCAGGUACCUCAGGUUUAUUGGAGACGACAGUCGAACAGACAAAUGUGCUUCAAGGUGGAUUUCUUGGGCGUGGUGUCUGCACGAACACAAACGUCACACCUCGAGCACUGGGUUCCUGGGUCUCAUCCGCUACAACUCGCAGCGCGACUGUUGCAACACACAUCUCUUCACAUUCUUCACGUCUCGGACGUCCCGAUAGUUUAAGCCAUUUUCCAGCUACCGGUGGGUUCGGCACCAUCAGCGCGGUUACGUCUGGCCCGUACUGUCCAUCGACUAGUUCCACUUGUAUUCAUAAAUCGUCACAACCUGUUCCGUUGCGACCGAAAAAUCCUAUAUGCAUUCAGGCUGCCGAUGCGUUAGCUCAGAGAGCACUUCAACUUGACCCUUCUCAUUUGGCCAACUUGGCGCUUAUUCUCAGGUUGUACGCAUCAGGAACAUUUUCAAAAGACGUGGACCAGUGGGCUAAAUGUGUUGUGUGCUACCUUCUGGAAGGCUAUUCGAAGUACGCAGCAUAUUUACUGCAGCACAUAUCGACGCUGUUAACCGCCGGCCCAUUGUGUCUGAAGACUCCACUGCUGAAGAUCGCCUACCUCUUCCUGCAACAAGUAGAACUUACGAGCCCUGAACUGAGCAACACUGUUCAACAUUUCAUCUCUUCCAUCACAUCGCAUUUUCUUGGGACAGAAUUCUGGUCAGAAGUAACGCGAGUUAUCCAAAUCGUCGUCUCUCGCUCUGCGGUGCUGAGUGCUGCACCACCUCCGUGUGUUUACACGCUCUCCGGUCUUGAUCCCUCUGGUAGUGGCCGUGUGUUGGACUUCGCUGCUGCCGCGGCUGCUGUGGCUGUUCCACUACCGGAGAGUGAACCACUGCGCAUGGAACUUGCAGGCCCCGUCCUAGACUUCACUUUCAAUACACUGUACGAAGCUCCGUUGGUUGCCGCGCAUUUCGCACCCGCCACUUCCAGUGCUACCACGGAGGAGAUUUGCAAAUCCUCUGGGGUCCACGGUGUUGACAUGGGGAGUUCAAAGAAAACAGAUUUCUUCCGACUUUCAGACUCGGGCUUAACUGAUUUAUUCUCUGUAGCUGCAUCUUCUUGGAACAAGGCUGGUUCUCGUCAGGUGAGUGCAAACAUGUUUUGUGAUGUAGAGCUUGACUUCCGUUCUGAAAUGCUUUAUUCCAGCUACGUCUUCGUGAUCGCCUUUUCCGCCUCGUUGCAUGCUACGGAUUACCAUCCAAUCGCCGCUUUGCUGCUCCUCGAAGUCCUUCUGGCCGUAUUUCGUAUGGGUUGGUGUCGGCGAAUCCGCAAUGAGGCAAUUAGAAAUCGAGUUUUCGACUGUGCAACGGAGACUUCCACUGAAGUCAUUUUCAGUCAGUCUACGGAGACACUUGAUCCACAGUUGAGCGUACAUUCCAGCAGUGAGACUGCCUCGAUGGUGGACAUGAGCAACUCCGAUGAUAUACGCCUGGAUGAAACAAGCAGUAUGGAACAAGCUGCCGUAUUCCGUGACCUGGAUACCUUCCUCGAUGCGCAGCUCAUGAACAUAAACUUCUUGGGUGUGCCCGACGGUCGACUUGUAAGUGGUGUACGCUUCACGCGAACUUCCCGUAACAUGCCUCCCUCAACGGAGGUCCAGCCUGGUGGCACACGUCUUCAUGGUUACCAUAACCGUCCCCCUUCAUUGCUCGCUUUUGUUUAUUUUCAGGAGGAUGAACCUAGGCGCCCGUGGGGUGUUCGCGGUCAGUCAAUCACAUGUCAUCAAGAGUUUAGUGAUGAUGGGGUAGAACAAGUUGCCGAUAUGUUCCCAACAGUUAGAGCUCCGCUCUCAAAGUCGUUCACGCAACACUCCGAUGAACCUCUACCUUGGACUAACAAGCGCCGGAGCUUUCCAGCUUCUUAUAGCACUGAAGUACACGUAGCACCGGGGUCUGAUGAGCCUGACUGGGUUCCACACGCUCCAUGUUGCACGAGUUCGGGGGAGCCGUGGCAACAUGCAUUGUCCAGUUCGACAGUUGGUGCUGAGGGGAUUCCGACUCAGCAUCCACCUUUAAGGAACGCACAGGUUGAUGCAUAUGCCACAGUCCGAUGCGUUGCGGAGAAUAACAACUUAAUAUUGCCCAGUUUUCCAAAUAAUGGAGAUCAACCAGGCGUAGAGAUAGUCACUAAUACGCACUUGGCCACAGUGAAGCGCCUGUCCUUCGAUCGCAUUGUGGAACCCUCCACUCCGUCAUUAAUAAGAACUCCAAGCAGAGAUGAUGAUGCUUUUAUUCUGGACCGACCCGCAAGUCCAGUGGACAGAAUCGAUCUGACCCGAAUUCGUCAAGUACGAUUUGAACGCACAAAUAAACGAUUGUCACCAACCUUGUCACAUCACUCUGUACUUAGCGAUCCAAUCAAGACUUACCCUUCGUUGACUGUGUUAGAUACAAAUUCAAGUCAACCAAAAAUGCGUAGUUCAGCUUCUUUGCCACAAGUGCUGAUUUCUGAACUAAAACAACCUUCAAAGUCAGCUGGAUCCGAGAUAUCGUCCCCGUUCGAACCGAUUUGCCAUUCUGGAGCUCAGGAUAUCAGUUCCCCUCUUUCCGUCCACGCUGAGUUGUCAUCGUCUCCCAGCCAAACAUCGUUAACGCAGGACACGCCAAUGUCAGGUCGAACAAAUCACGAGCUCGAAACUCCACAUAGUUCGUUCUCAACUUCAAUUUUGUUGGCACCCAACGACUCCACUGCUGAGAAUGUCUUGAAACUGGCUUAUUCUAGACCGAAGCCUUUGCGUUCGCCGAUUAAGCGUCUGUAUGCUACUGGACUUCCUAGUCGCAUCAGUGCUCCACCGUUGGUGAAAAUUCAUAAGGCUUUCACCACCAAACGGCAUAGUCAAAGUGCCGAAGAUCUCCCACAUUUGGCCAAACCAAAAGUAAGUUUCUUGGUCCCCGGUGCAGCUGAUGAGCAACCACCAGAAGCCUCCCAACUACUUUCUCAUUCUCAUUCAUUAAAAGAUCUCCCAGUCACUUUAUCUUCCGAUGCCGUUAUCAAAUCACAAUUUGCGGAGGAUGGUUCGUCCGAUUUCAACAUCCAUGCAGCACUGAACUACUACAAUCAACCUCCAGAAAUGCAGCAGAUAGUAUCUAGAGAUCAACCAAGUGGGUCCUCUUGUUCGAUCGUCUCAAUCACCGAUAAGGUCAUCGUGGUCUCCGAUGCUCCACCCGGUCAUAGCUGGAUUGACUUGCUUGAUGGAGAGAAGGACUGGAUAACGAUGGCUUCUGGGCCACUUGCGAUACCACCAGUCCCCGCUCAAAUUGACGUAAUCAACAGGUUAUCCAGCGUUUGCGGUUGUCUGGCCAGUCGUUGUUACGCGUGCGUUGUGACUGCAUCUAAUUUGUCCGGAUCCACCUGGGAAGAUGAACAGAACGAGUUUCGUAAAUUCAUAUCUGCGGCAGAACUUAUCGUCAACGGAUUACGUCCGCCUUAUUUUUUCUCGCGAUUGAGCCAGGACGGCUUGGAUGAGCAACUGCAGUCGACACUGGACUCCGUUUCGGUUCGUUUGGCAGACACCUACAAUGGCGUACAGUCUACGUUGCAUCGAACGUCAAAGGUCUUGUGCGCUCGAAACCUGCAGACAACGUUGGAAAUAUUGGCUCAACUGCUAGAAAGAAUGGUCGAAUUCCUCAAGCUGGCUUGUACAACUACCCAGCAGCUAUCUUCCGCCCUAGAAGAAUCUGUUCCCUCACAGGACGAUUUGCUUGAACGAAUAGUCUUCUUCGUAUCACGUGUUGUCCCGCAUUUGGUCGAAUCUCCCAUUCUUUACCCUGUUCCUCCGGCAAUCAACGCGCACGGAUGUGUUGAGGAUGACAACUGCAUUAUCUUGAAACGAAUGGUUGAAUACUUUGAUUGCGUCAAUGUGAAAACUGUUGACACUAUCGCUAGCGAGCUAUUCGGCUCUCUGGUCGCACUUUACCGUAGGCGUUGGAAAUAUUUCGGAACACGACGUAUUCUCGCACCAGUGGUGGACUGUGCGAUCGGGAUUCUGGAUCUCUUUGUACGGUUUAAACUAGGAACUUUAGACGUCCCAGGACCGACAGUCAUCCAUGUGACCCUACCUGCUAUGGGUUCGCCAAAAGAUGAUGAUUCCAGCGUGCUUACGGCUUGUGCGAGGCUUCUACAAAGAUUGUCAUCCGACAUGAACUAAGACCAAUAUUCCAACUUGUGCAUGGCUCCUCCAGGCCUGUUCGGCGCUGGACAGACUACCACAGCCAAAUUCUGUACAUAAGUUCGGACGAUUGAUCACUUUGAAGUCCUGUCCUGAUUAUUUCUAUUUUAUCUUGCGCACAUAUAUUUCUG